AUGAGUUUGUUUUCUUCGGAUUCUGAUCGCGUUUGUAUCGAUCGAGAUGAAGAUCUUCAGCAAUCGGUUGAUUUGGUUACCGGUGAUAUGAAUCGAAAACUUGAUCUGGAAAGUGAUUAUGAUUCGACUCCAAAGUUGUUGCCAGAUUCGGAGGUUCAUGAAGGUUUUGAGGAUGAAGAUGAAGAGGAUGAUGAUGAUGAUUUUACGUUUAUGUAUAUAGGCGAUAAGGAUUCGCCGAUGUAUGCGGAUAAAGUGUUUGAAGACGGUCAGAUCCGGCCGGUGUUUCCUUUGUUUGAUCAGAAUUUGUUAUUAGGCGGUGAGUAUGAGGUUGAGGAAAUAGAUCGGUUGCCGGUUCAUCCUACGGUGGAUAAAAUUUUCAUUGAAUCCCCUCGUGGUCAUCCGUCGUCUACGGCGUCGGAACAUGAAGAAAACAACGAUGUAGCGGCCGGACCGUUUUGUGUCUGGUCAAAAGAAUCAGUUACCGGCACGGCGGAGCUUAGUAAAAAGAGUAACUCCACCGGUUUCUCGAAGCUCUGGAGAAUAAGAGAAAAAGUUGGUCGGAGCAACAGCGAUGGCCGUGAUGCCUUCGUGUUCCUCAAAAGUUCCGACAGAACAUCGACAACAACAACAACCUCCUCAUCGUCCACGAAACCGGCCACCGGUGCCGGAUCAUUUGUCAAGGUCAACGCUGCCGGAGAAAAGGCAAGAGUUGUUAAGCAAGGGACGAAGGCCAAAAAACCGACGGUAUCACCUCACGAAGCUUACUUGAGAAGUAAAGGAGAGCAUACGGAAGAAGAACGCCGGCGGUCUUACCUGCCUUACCGGCCGGAACUCAUGGGAUUCUUCACCAAUGUUCACGGCGGGUUAAGCAAGAACGUGCACCCUUAUUAA